AUGUCGGCUUGUUAUUUACUGCGCGUGGCGACGUUCGGUACACGAGUGCAGCGUCGUGUAGUGUGUGUUGCACCGAAAAUUCGUUCCCGCAGCUCAGACCCGCGCCCCGCACCGCACCCCCGGGCUCGCAAAAUUUUCGAACUUCGAACGAAUCGCGCAACGCCAUCUAGGGGCGAUCGGCGCCCCAUUGCCUCCGUGUGUGGCCUUGAACUUGACUGUACACGUCGCGAGCGACCCACUUUUGCGGCGCGUCCCCGCGCCCCGCCGGCAGUCGCGCGCAUUGUCACGGCCGAGCCACCUGAAUGGAUCUUAGUCGACAUAAGGCGUAUAUUCGCGUGUUCGUUUCGAACACUCUCGUUUUCACCGUACUGUAUUACGUCACGCUGCACGUUACAUCGCUGGAUUAUCUUGCACACGUUCAGCGCGGCCGAUAGCAGGGCAGAAACUUCUCACGAAUGUUAUAACGAUAUGCUGAACUUCGGAACAGUGUUGGAGCAUCGUUAUCAAGUUGUAGGCGCGUGGCAAACGCACGGGGUCAAACACGGAAAACGAUCUAAACAGCGCGUGAAGCUUUACACAAACAUGUUCAUAAGAAAAGGACCAACAUUUGGGGCGGUUUCUAAGAAAGGACCAACAUUUGGGGCAAAUAUGGGCCAAGCCAGGAAGAAAUGAAGAGAAAGGUAAAUCAGUUUCUUUACGUAAUAUACUUGACGGUGGGUUUGACAACGAACGUUGACUCAGAUUAAGGUCAAUCAAUAAACGGGGCUGCACGCCGCUGCGAUGCAACAAGAUUGCACUCACACCGCAUUUUAAUCGCCUGAUGAUUCAAUUGUUGCUACGUUGAGUAACAACUUCAUAAUAUUUAACUCGUAACUAAUUUUAGAUUGUCAAUUUGAUAAUUUUUUUAUUAUUGCGACUAAAAUUAUAAAUGCGAAACUAUGUUUAUUUGUUACCACUUUACGAUUUAUCUACUCGACAUCAUAGAUCAUCAUCUUGUUUAAGUAUAGAUAAUAUUUGGGAGCACAGAUAAUAAAAAUUAGUAAUAAAUAAAUUAGUGAUGCUAUAUUUUCCCGUCCACUAGAAAAAAAUAUUUGCAACACCAAAGUUUUUGUUCAUAAGCAAAAAAGCAUUUUUGCUUUAUCAAGUUGCUUUCUUUAUUUCAUAACCUCUAUUAGUCUAUGAGUAAGUAAGUCAAUUUAAGUGUUCUGACCUAGUUUUAAAGUUUCGAUCCGCAAGUUUAAAAAUAUAUAACCUGUUUGCUGUAAUACCAUUAUCUGUUAGACCAAAAAGUUAACUUACAACUUUUUGUACUUUAAGCAUCUUUGCGUCAUUGAGGGAAAAUUGAGGUUUUAUAAUAGGUUUAUUUAAUAGAAACAACAAUGAAACUUUUGACUCUUUGCUUAGUUAUUCAUAUAUACCAUUUAAAAAAGUUUUAAAUAUCGGGUUUCAGAGGCAGCACUUCUAAAGCGGGAAAUACGUCAUCAGGGGAUAAUUCUACAAAUUCUAGAAGCAUUGGACGCUACUACCAGCUACCAACUCACGAAAGGAGAAAAGUCAAAUAACAAAACGAAACUCUACUUCCAAAUGAAAAUGGUCAUUGAAAGACAGAAUAGAGUACAUUGAUGACAAUCAAAGUCAAAGUCAAA